GAUUCAUGAUGGCUGGUAUUUAAAGGUUUCUCUUACCAGAAGUCUUGUAGGUUAAAAAAAAUAGAGGGUCAACCUUUUUACAGAAGAAUUCGGUAUAUGGAAUAUGUUAGACAAUUGUCUCCUGUCAAGGAAAUCAAAUGAACAUACUGCAAAUCUUUCUAUUAAUGUUAUGCAUAUUCCCUCCAUUAUUGUAGCAUAUUUAUUUGAUUUUACUUCCUUAUUCUUUGUCAACAUGAUCAACACAUGUAUAGCGCCAUGUUCUUUGCUCAUUGAUUGUGUAUAUACACAUUUGAAUUGAAUUCUUUGAUUUACAGGAGAUAUGAAGAGUAGCAUAAUCUAGCAUGCAUGCUGUUUUUCAGGCCCAAAAUAUGAAGAGUAGCAUUAUACAUUUUCUAACAUGGUGUUUGUAACACACUUUUAUUAUUUGUUAAAGUUUAUUAAAAAGAUACACUAUAUGAAAUGGAAUUAUACAACCCAAGUUGGGUAGAACAACUCAGCUUAGCUGACCCAAGGCUUAAAAGGUGAGCCACAUAAAGUUUACUCCUCUGGUUGGCCUUUCAGGUUGGAUAAGCCAACAAGCCAGGCAUAUUAUGAAUUUUUUGUCCAAUCUAAAUUUAUAAUGUGAAUCCAUUGUUCCAAAAUUUUCAAUUGUUAUUUGACUAAUUUAUUUUUUAUAUUUUGGUCUCACUUUAUCUUACUUUUCAGAGGAACGUUUGAAUAUCUUUUGCAUGCGUUCCCAUAGCUGGAGUAGAGGAGAGGAGAUCGAUACUCCAACUUAAUUGAACUCCUACAAAUUCUGUAGGUAGAAAAGUCCUCAACAGAAGCUUGGUUCCAUGGGGAGUGAAGGCAGCUUUGCAGAAGUGACAGGAAACACAACUAUGGAUUCAGCAGAGAAAAGGCUCAAUGAGCUUGGCUACAAGCAAGAACUGAGAAGAGAAAUGACUAUGUUCAAAACUCUAGCAAUAUCAUUUUCCACAAUGACCCUUUUCACUGGAAUUACACCUCUCUAUGGUUCUAGUCUUCAAUAUGCAGGCCCUGCAACUCUUGUAUGGGGGUGGAUAGUGGUUUGUUUUUUCACUUGGUUUGUUGGGAUUGCAAUGGCUGAGAUAUGCUCAUCGUUCCCGACGACUGGUUCUCUGUACUUUUGGGCUGCCCAUUUAGCUGGUCCAAAAUGGGGACCCUUUUCUUCAUGGUGCUGUGCUUGGCUUGAGACCAUAGGGCUUGUAGCUGGGAUAGGGACUCAGGCUUAUGCAGGAUCACAAACGUUGCAGAGUAUAAUCCUACUCUCAACAGGCACAAAUAUAGGUGGAGGAUACUUCGCCCCAAAAUGGCUAUUCUUGUGUAUGUACAUUGGCCUCACUCUUAUAUGGGCAGCACUAAACACAUUUGCUUUGGAAGUGAUUGCCUUGAUCGAUAUAGUUUCAAUAUGGUGGCAGGUUAUUGGUGGAAUGGUGAUAGUCAUAAUGUUACCUCUGGUAGCACUAACUACAAAACCUGCUUCAUUUGUAUUCACACACUUAGAAUUAGCCCCUGAAUCAACAGGAAUAUCAAGCAAACCAUAUGCUGCCAUUCUAUCAUUUCUUGUCAGCCAGUAUUCCCUCUAUGGCUAUGAUGCAGCAGCACAUCUAACUGAAGAAACCAAAGGUGCAGACAAAAAUGGACCUAUUGCAAUACUAGGUAGCAUUGGGAUCAUUUCAGUAUUUGGAUGGGCUUAUAUCUUGGCACUUACAUUCAGCAUUCAGGAUUUUGGUUACCUUUAUGAUCCAAACAAUGAGACUGCUGGAGCAUUUGUGCCAGCACAAAUACUCUAUGAUGCAUUCCAUGGAAGAUAUCACAAUUCUGUUGGAGCAAUCGUUCUACUAUUUAUCAUUUGGGGUUCAUUCUUUUUUGGUGGCCUUUCAAUUACUACAAGUGCAGCCAGAGUUGUUUAUGCUUUGUCAAGAGAUAAGGGAGUUCCUUUUUCACACUUAUGGAGGCAACUGCACCCAAAGAACAAGGUUCCCUCAAAUGCAGUGUGGCUCUGUGCAGCAAUAUGUAUCCUUCUAGGUCUCCCAAUUUUGAAGGUCAAUGUAGUCUUUACUGCAAUAACUUCAAUAUGUACGAUUGGAUGGGUUGGAGGUUAUGCAGUUCCUAUCUUUGCAAGGCUUGUGAUGCCUGAGAAGAACUUCAAGCCUGGACCGUUUUAUUUAGGCAAAGCAAGUAGACCAGUGUGUCUGGUGGCAUUCCUAUGGAUUUGUUACACAUGUUCUGUGUUCCUUUUGCCAACUCUGUACCCAAUUACUUGGGAUACUUUCAAUUAUGCACCAGUUGCUUUGGGAGUGGGUUUGGGUCUCAUAAUGCUUUGGUGGCUGUUAGAUGCUAGAAAAUGGUUCAAAGGUCCAGUUAGGAAUAUUGAUACUCAAAAUGGCAAGGUGUAACUUUUACCAGUUUACAAAAAGAAUAAUUGUUGAAUUAUCUUAUCUCAUUCUCCUGUGAUGAUUUGAUUUGUA